AUGGGGGGGCCUCACUGCCAGCUGGCCAACAGUGCGAGGCUGCGUGAGGUGUGCCCACUGCCUUGUCCGGUCGUGUGGCGCUGCUCCAGCUUCCUGAUCAAGAGGAAGAAGAAGACACCCAGCACCCAGCCAGAUAACCCGAAGGCUCACAACUCCUUCUGCUACAACAGGCUUGUUUCACCGCAAGACUGUGGGCAUGGGUGGGCACGGGUGGGCACCGAGCUGCUGACCAAAGGCAUGGUGCAGCGGAGAUCCGGCCAGCGAAACCCUGCCACCUCCAGCGUGAGGACUGCUGUCAACAAGAAUGCCCGGGCCACCCUCAGUAGCACCAGGCACACGACCCGCAAGAGCAAGUACCGCCCAGAUGUGUACAUGGCUGCCAGAAGCCUGUGCUGGUGA